CUCCAAUCUCAAUAUACACGCGCUACGUCACAGGGCUGAGCGACAAGAGGGAUCAUGUGGAGCCUUCAGACAUUUAUUCUUCUCUUUGGUUUGCUAACCUGCUAUAUCAAUACUCUGACUGCAGCUCAAGGAUUAACAUGUUUUAUUUGUGAUGGUGUCGAGACCCCCGACCAGUGUACACAAUUGGAAAACUGUGGCCAGGAUGCGGUAUGUUAUAUGGAACGCUACGUCAGAAAGUUAGACGCAAAAAAGCUAUACCGAGGCGGAUGUAGAAGUAAAACGGUUUGCGACAUUCAAACAUGUUUGUCAGCCAAUCUGAUAGUUGGAAAGCGGGACGAAUCCGCAGGAGUUGCAUGUUCCGAGUGUUGUACCAAACAGCUAUGUAACCUCAAACUGUGUCAUUUCGACGUUGUUAGUGAAGAUGACCCGAACAAGGCCCUCCGAUGCUACAGAUGUGACGAUAUGAUUCAUCCAGAAGCGUGUGGGGUUUCGGACAUUUGCUCAAGGAAUGAACAAUGUCGAGUGGAAGUGUACUUUUCCAACAUUUACCAGGAUGUCCGAUACCAAAGUGACUGCUACCGAACUGCGGAAUGUAACGCAACGCAAGCAUUCAAAAGUUCCGUAACAGAAGUAGGACGACGGAAAAGGGCACAGAGCACGACCAACCUACAGCUUAGGUCUGAAUGUUGUAAUCACUCACUGUGUAACAACUUCGAUCCUUUCAAUAACACGGGGCAUGACAAUGUAGGCAAAAUCGAUUCUUCAAAAGUUAAUUGCCCCACAACACCAGCUACAGCAACUACAACUACACCCACCCCAACGACCACACCUACAACUACAACAACUACGACAACGCCCUCAACUACGACCAUCCCAACAACUACAACAACCACGCCAACAACUACUACCACGCAAACUAUAACUGUAAUUACAACUCCGAAACCAACCACUCCAACAACGACUACCAUGCCGACAACUACCACCACGCCCACAACUACAACCACACCCACAACCACCACCACUCCUUCAACUACGACGUCCACAUCAACGACUACACCUACCUCCACGCCUACAAUAACAACAACGCCGACUACAACUACCACGCCCACAACCACGACCACGCCUACUACAACAACGAUACCAACAACCACGACCAUGCCUACAACAACCACGACUCCUACAACCACGACCACGCCUACAACUACCACAACGACCACGCCUACUACAACAACGACGCCAACAACUACAACCACGACUCCUACAACCACGACCACACCUACUACAACAACGACGCCAACAACCACGACCACGCCUACAACUACCACAACGACCACGCCUACUACAACAACGACGCCAACAACUACGACCACGCCUACAACGACCACGACCACACCUACAACAACCACGCCUACUACUACUACGCUGGUACCGACCACGUGUUACGUGUGUAAUGGCCCUCCGUUUCUGUGUGAGUCCCACGUGAGAGAACAGCGAUGUAAUACAGUUGAUCAGCAGUUCUGUCUCAACAGGUUCGUCAACAACGAUGACGGCACGCGAUCAGUGUUUAGAAGCUGCGGUACGGAGUCCGAGUGUAAGGUACAGUGGCUGGCGGGAACGUCUGACCGACACGAAUGUACUGAUUACGACACGACACAACUACACCUGUACCCAUUCGAAUGCACCUACUGCUGCACAUCAGCCCUCUGCAACCGCAACCUGGUGCCGCCGAAGUCCGACCUGUAUGUCGGACACAAUCAUGGAUGAUGUCAUCGAGAUGAAUGGAUUGAUACUUUUGAAGUUUGAAUAUAAGUUGUAUUGGCAAAUAAAUAAUAUUAUUCAUGAAAGUAAAGUGUGUAGAUCCUCA